UUUAGCAGUCUUAUUAACUCCAAGGUUUGAGUUCAGUUACAAAUCAUGUAAUUUGAAUCGUAUUGACCCGCAUCAUCCGAUCCUGUAGCUGGUCAUUGUUCACAGUGAAUGUUAAUUUGUCACUCGAAUAGGACAGAAAAUCGAAACAACUUCAGUUUUACUCCUGGAAUCUUGAAAUAACGUUUGCGAUUUUUUAAAGCCUGCUGCAUGACAUCAAUAUGACCGAAAAGAUAGACGAACACCCAGACACGGCAGCAGAGGUUGUUGAAGAUGAACGAAUACGAUGGGACAAGGGUUUGGACUUCGUCUUGUCCUGUAUUGGGUUCGCCGUUGGAUUCGGUAAUAUCUGGCGAUUUCCGUAUCUAUGUUACAAGAACGGAGGAGGUGCAUUCUUUAUUCCUUAUAUCUUAUUCAUGGUCUUCGCCGGAAUCCCUUUGUUCUUGUUGGAGGUAACGAUCGGUCAAUUUAUGUCCUAUGGUGGAAUACGGGUUUGGAACAUAUGCCCAAUAUUUAAAGGAAUUGGCCUGGCAACAACUGUCAUUGACUUUUGGUUGAACCAGUAUUACAUUGUCAUCAUAGCUUGGGCUCUAUUCUACUUUUUCUCUUCAUUUACAACGGAGCUGCCAUGGUCGCACUGUCGAAACAAAUGGAAUACUUUCAAUUGUACGGAAUUCAAAAGUGGUUACGUCGAUCAACUAAGUAACUACACCGCAAAUGAAACACGUGGCUAUGAGACCGUAUCACCUGUAGACGAAUUCUGGGAGCGGGAAGUAUUGCAGAUAACACAUGGUCUAUCGGAGAUGGGUGGUCUACGCUGGAAUUUGGUCGGCACUUUACUAAUAGCCUGGGUUCUGAAUUAUUUUUGCAUUUGGAAAGGCGUUCGUUCCUCAGGAAAGGUAGUUUACUUUACCGCAACGUUUCCUUACGUGAUAAUCACAAUCUUGCUGAUUCGAAGUGUUUUGCUAGAAGGGGCUGCCGAUGGACUUAUCUACUACCUUAAGCCUGACAUCACACGGCUCCGCGAUGCACAGGUUUGGGUCGACGCGGGAACACAAGUUUUCUUCUCAUAUGCCAUUGGAAUUGGGUCUCUUACGGCACUUGGUAGCUACAAUAAAUUUAACAACAAUUGCUAUAGGGAUACGAUGAUAGUUGCUUUUGUAAAUAGUUUCACCAGUUUCUACUGUGGACUGUUGAUUUUCUCCGUACUUGGUCACAUGUCAGUUGAGGAGGGUCUUCCGAUUUCUAAUGUUGCCACGACUGGGCCUGGUUUGAUAUUUAUUGCAUACCCAAAGGCGGUAUCGCUGAUGCCAUUUGCGCCUAUGUGGUCUUGCCUGUUUUUCUUCAUGCUUCUUUUGGUUGGAAUGGAUAGUCAGUUCGUAACCGUUGAGGGCUUUGUGACAGCAAUUGCAGACUUUUUUCCUCGAUAUCUUCGACGUGGCUACAAGCGGGAAAUCUUCGUACUCAUAGUCUGUGCUUCCUCCUUUUUAUUUGGUCUUUCCAUGGUUACACGCGGUGGUAUGUAUGUGUUCCAAAUAUACGAUUAUUUUUCGGCCAGUGGUAUGGUUCUACUCUGUAUGGCUUUCUUCGAGUGUGUGGCUAUAGGGUGGAUUUACGGAGGGGAAAGAUUAUAUGCGAACAUGGAGACUAUGAUUGGGUAUCGACCGUUAGGGAUUUUUAAGUGGUGUUGGAUCGUCUUCACGCCCGUCAUCAGUUUGGCUAUCUGGAUCUUCAGUGUUGCAAAUUGGACGCCUCUUAAAUAUGAAAACUAUGUGUACCCACCCUGGGGUGUGGGUAUCGGUAUGUGUAUGGCUCUGUCUUCAAUGCUGUGUAUCCCGGCCUGGGCCAUCUUCUCACUAGCCAACACCGAAGGCUCAAUGAGAGAGCGGUUGCAGAAGUUGACUACACCGCAUCUGAGACCCUUUCAGAUUGUGCUGCCAGGUAAACUAGAGAAGGCUGUGGAAAUGCAAGAAAUGGAAAAGCUGUCUUGAUAUUCGUACAUGAAUGGUUGUUCUAGAAUAGAUAUUAAUUUCCCGCUUUUUGCAUUGCAUGAAUACCUAGCAUUUGCUUUUCACUCAUGCCUACCCACAAAAUUUACCGUAUUUGUGCCGGGUUAUCAGGGUUGUAAUUCCAGAUGACAUAGCAAGCACAAAAAGGCCCUUGCAACAAGUGAAUUCUAAUGCAGUGUGGGAAAAUGUACAGCUUAAAAAAAGUGUACAUUUUAUUUUCUGUUUCUUCUAUCAGUAAUGUUGUCUGAAAAAGUGACAAUUUCAUAAUCGACGCAAUUACACGCUGGUUUGCAUAUGGUUCUGGUUUACAUAAUAAUGAAUGAAACUCAAAAUGGUAAAGCAAACCAUCAUAGCUCACACUUGAUUGAAUAAUUUUUUUCUGAGUUUGUUGUCUGACCAGAUUUCUUCUGUUCUUGCUGCAAAGGUAGUGCUGCAAGAUUAGGUAUAUUGUGGAAUGCACUAUAAAGACAAGACUAAGAUUGUACAAGGAAAUACCACACAAUUGUUAUAUUCAGAUGGCUUUUCGUCUGAAAUAUAGUUACGACAGAUGUAAAAAGGACGCACAUGUUACUUGCAGUGAGUGUUAUAGCCAGAGCAUAAUGUUCUUUUUACUUCAAAGCUAGUUCAAAGCUUAGAAGUAACUAUGCAAAUUUUCCGGAAGAGAUAAUUGCCAAUUCUUGAAAUUGUAAACAAUUAUGAAAACGUUGUGUCUACAAAAAUUUACACAUCACAUGAAAUGUUAUUUUAGCACUCAUUUGUGGGUAAUUUUCUUUAAAAAAAAAAAUCAAGGUCAUAAAGGUUGUAUUUACUUGUGGGCUCUGAAGUGCAACUACACAGCGCUACUCCGAGUGCAUAUUCCUUGCAUUCCUUGUGUAUGCAGAAGUAACACACUUACUCCUGAGACUGCUCAGAUGCAAGUCGUCUGUAGUUACGUUAAUUAACUGAAUACAAAGAACGUCUACCCAGGGUUUACAACAUGUAAACUGCUACUUUAAAGCUUACUUCUAACUGAUCUGAACAUGCCUAUCAAUAUCCACUAACAUAAUGGUACCAAAAGAAGUUUUACUGUAAAAUUGAGGAGAAAUAAAACAGAAUCAGAGAAUGAA